AUGUCCGGUUACGGCGACGUUACGGAUUUGCGCAAGCAAGGUCCAACAGAUGUUGAGGAGGAGAAUGGCGGCGCUAUGGAUGCGGACGAGCCUGGCGAGGUCGCGACGGCGCAGAACAGAGGUCUCACGAACGCUACGAAGAAACCUGCGAUCAGCGAAGAUGUUAAGGUUAAGGAUGAUACGGUGGAGUCGUGA